AGGCUUCCGGUUUCCUCCUCUGGGCCGGCCGGAGUCUGCGCGGUCUCCGGUGGGAGGGAUCUGCGGGCUGGCUUGGCGAGGCCGUGGUGGGCUCGGUUUCUGCCGGGUAGGAAGGAGGUGCCCGGGGAGUUUUGUGGCUGCCUCCGCCGGGGUCCCUCCCGCCCCUUUUCUUGCUCCGGUCGUGGCGGCUUUGACGGCCUUCCAAGGCAACCUUUCUUCGCCCAGUCAGUCUGCUGGCCUGCCUGCUUUCCAGUCGCUCAUCUCGUUGCUCUUUUCUUUUUUUUCGGGCCCGGGCUCGCCGUCCUUUUCAGUCCCCCUUAAGCUUUUCUUUCGAGGUGCCCUUCCUUUCAGCCCUCUUGCGAGCUCCCCAUUGUCCACCUCACCCGAUGUCCUUCAUUUAGCCGUCUCAGUUUCUCGCCUGCGGGACGCUCUUGUGGAUACCCUGCGGACUAGUUCUGUGGCUUUCGAAGUACUUACUCUAAGCCAGUCUUCUGCAGCCUGGUGCCUUCCAGCUGUGUUAGACUUCAGUUCCUGUUAGUAGAAUGAGACAUGGCUGAGGAUCCUCAGAGAAAUUUCCGAUCUGUGUACUAUGAAAAAGUAGGAUUUCGUGGUGUUGAAGAAAAGAAGUCGUUAGAAAUUCUUCUGAAAGAUGAUCGGUUGGAUAUUGAGAAGCUUUGCACAUUUAGUCAAAGGUUUCCUCUCCCAUCUAUGUAUCGGACCUUGGUGUGGAAGGUGCUUCUAGGAAUUCUCCCACCUCACCAUGAAUCUCAUGCGUUUGUGAUGAAAUGCAGAAAAGAACAGUAUGGGGAUGUCUACCGUGCUCUUCAAGUAAUUCGCUUUAUCACGGAUUCUACUCCACAGGUUGAAGUAUUCCUCCGGAUAUAUCAGUUGGAAUCAGGAAAGCUACCUCAAAAUCCAUCUUUUCCUUGGGAAUCUGAAGAUAAGAUAUUCCUUGUUAUUGCUAAAGCGAUGGAAGAAAUGGUGGAAGAUAAUAUUGAUUGCUACUGGCUAGUCAGUAGCUUUGUGAACCAGUUAAACAAUAAGUACAAGGAGUCAUUACCCCAGCUGCCAAAACUUCUGGAACAAAUCCUGAGCCUUGAGGACAGCCGACUUCUAGCACAUCUGAAAUUGUGUUCAGCAAUGGGCCAGCUUCCUUAUAAUCUUUGGUUUAGAAAGUGUUUUGCUGGAUGCCUUCCUGAAUCCAGUUUACAAAGGGUUUGGGACAAAGUUAUUAGUGGUUCUUGCAAAAUCCUUGUCUUUGUUGCUGUUGAGAUCUUAUUAACCUUUAAAAUGAAGUUGAUGGCCUUGAAUAGUGCAGAAAAGAUCGAACAGUUUUUGGAAAAUAUACCUCAAGAUAACACUGAUGCAAUUGUGAGCAAAGCUAUUGAAUUAUGGCACAAACAUUGUGGGACCCCUGCUCAUUCAGUUUGAAAAUAUCUGCUUUUCUGUUUUUGUUUGUCUCUUUCCCUCUCCAAAAUAUAUAAUUAAAAUUAUUUAAACAUUA